UAUACCAGGUGUGACUGAUCAUUAUAACAGACUGCGAAGGAGAAAAAUGGAGACUGCAGUGCAACUGCUUGUAUACGCACUGAUUGCUUUUGGCAGUGCAUUCCCAGGAUCUUCUGCCCAAGAAACAUCUAACACAGCAGGAGUUCCUUCUCCAAAAUGGUACACCACAACAAGAUACCCAAAGAUAUCCACCUGGCCCUACAGAACCACAGACUGGCCCUACAGAACCACAGCCUGGCCCUAUAGAACCACAACCUGGCCCUACAGAACCACAGCCUGGCCCUACAGAACCACAGCCUGGCCCUACAGAACCACAGCCUGGCCCUACAGAACCACAGCCUGGCCCUAUAGAACCACAGCCUGGCCCUACAGAACCACAGCCUGGCCCUACAGAACCACAGACUGGCCCUACAGAACCACAGCCUGGCCCACCACCACUUCUGUACCGUGUGGGGGUCAACUGACUGGUGAAAGAGGAGAAUUUACGAGCCCCAAUUACCCAUACCCCUACCCAAACAAUGCACGCUGUGUCUGGUACAUAAAAGUUGAUCGACACAGUCAAAUAAGCCUGACUUUGACAAAUGUUCGAUUGGAAUGCAGAUAUGACUAUGUUAGAGUUUACGAUGGCCCCUCAACCAGUUCUCCACAAAUCGGAGAUGUGUGUCAGGCUGACUAUGAGACUUUUCAUUCAUCUUCAAAUACCAUGACUGUGGUCUUCACUUCCGACCAUUCCGUCACAGGCACAGGAUUUACUGCAUCCUACUCCUAUUAUGACACUGCAUCCUGUGCAGGCCUGUGCGGUGGAUCUAAUGCAUUGUGCUCCUGUGAUUCCAGCUGUGUGUAUUCUAAUAGCUGCUGCCGGGACUUCUGUGACGUCUGCCCUUAUGUGAAUUACAAUUACUGCUCGUACACCUCCACUACUUCCUAUCCGAACCCUACAACACUAGAACCAGCAACAACAAUGGCUCCUGGGUCCUGCAGAGGCAACUGCUAUGGAUCUGCUGGGAAUUGCUCAUGCAGCUCCAAUUGUGCUUAUUAUAAUAACUGCUGUGAUGACUUCUGUAACUACUGCUCCUAUGUGAAUAACGGUUACUGUCAGCCUUCAAGCACCCCAACCCCAAGCACGCCAGGAUCAUGCUAUGGCAGGUGCCAUGGUUAUGCUGGGAAUUGCUCAUGCAGCGCCAAUUGUGCUUAUUAUAAUAACUGCUGUGAUGACUUCUGUAACUACUGCUCCUAUGUGAAUUACGGUUAUUGCUACUCGACCACCUUUCCAACAACACCACCAGUUACAGCAACAACAAUGGCUCCUGGGUCCUGCAGAGGCAACUGCUAUGGAUCUGCUGGGAAUUGCUCAUGCAGCUCCAAUUGUGCUUAUUAUAAUAACUGCUGUGAUGACUUCUGUAACUACUGCUCCUAUGUGAAUAACGGUUACUGUCAGCCUUCAAGCACCCCAACCCCAAGCACGCCAGGAUCAUGCUAUGGCAGGUGCCAUGGUUAUGCUGGGAAUUGCUCAUGCAGCUCCAAUUGUGCUUAUUAUAAUAACUGCUGUGAUGACUUCUGUAACUACUGCUCCUAUGUGAAUUACGGUUAUUGCUACUCGACCACCUUUCCAACAACACCACCAGUUACAGGUUCCUGUGGAGGUUACCUGGAAGGACCGUAUGGAUCAUUCUCAAGCCCCAACUACCCGUAUAAUUAUCCAAAUGGAGCCUACUGCACAUGGUACAUAAAGGUUGAAAGAAAUGAUAAAAUAUACUUGACAUUCCUUCAAAUACAAAUGGAAGCAUGCAGUAAUUGUAACUGCGAUUCAAUUUCAAUAUAUGAUGGACCUUCAACCAACUACCGUCGCAUAGGAUUUAUUUGUCGUAAUAAUGUAACUGUAUUUGAAUCAUCUUCAAACGCUAUGACAGUGGUGUUCAGAACAGAUGGGUCUGUCACAGAUACUGGGUUUUAUGCCCACUACAACACUUUACAUCAAAACCGAGCAAACAUCCAGUGCAGUUCCGACUACAUGGAAGUGACUUUGCAGAGGUCUUACAUUGAGUCCCUGGGCUACAAUGCCAGUGAAUUAUACCUGAAUGAUCCAAACUGCAGACCGCAAACCACGGGCUCUCAGGUUCUGUUCAGAAUACCGCUGAAUCGCUGUGGAACGCUCCGGGAGGUAAAUAACGGAAGCAUUGCCUAUUACAAUAACAUCAGAGCUUAUAGUUCUGGAGGAGUGAUCACCCGCCAAACCAACCUGCAGCUUCGCGUGGGCUGCAAAAUGGAACAGAACACAAUGGUGCAGAUCAUGUACGUGGCAAAGGAAGAGGUGACUGCCAACGAAACCAGCUGGGGCCGAUACAGCGUCAACAUGGCGUUCUAUACAUCAGAUUCGUUCUGGAGACCUGUUCAUGAAUGGCCAUAUUAUGUGGAUUUGAACCAAGACCUUUUCGUGCAAGUGCAGCUCAACAGCUCAGAUUCGGACCUGGUUGUGUUUGUGGACACCUGCAUGGCCUCUCCUUCUUCACAUGACUUUGUGUCAAAGACCUACGACUUAAUCAGAAACGGGUGUGUGAGAGAUGGCACAUACUCUUCCUAUUACUCUAAUUCUACCAACACUGCCCGCUUCAAAUUCAGUGCCUUCAAGUUUCUGCGCAGCCACCCUUCAGUGUACCUGCAGUGUAAAAUUGCAGUGUGCCGGGCCUACGAUUAUUCAGCUCGCUGCUACAGAGGCUGCUUACCCAGAAGCAAGAGGGAUCUGAGCUCGUCCGAAAGCAAGACUGAAGUUGUGGUGGGACCCAUCAAGCUGAGGCAGGAGGGGUCUCCUGGAGACCAGAUGAAAGCGGGUGAAAAGGCUCCUGCGUAAGUUCCCACAUAAAGAUCCAAGCAGUUAUUUCUCUGAAUCUACAGCAGCAGCUUUUACAGUUACCUGCACUAUAUUAUCAAAACUAUUAAUUCCUGAACUUUCUCUGUAAUCAUGUUAGCAGACAAGCAUUGGAUGACAUUGCUAUCUGUCAUUUUCAUUUAUAAAUGGCACCAGGCACCAACAUUAUCCUUAGCAACUUACAUCUUUAAGCUCAAACAAUUUUACUGGAGAAACUAUUCAUUAAACAGUGUUUAAACCUAAUCAAAAUGUAUCCUAAUGCUGAAAUCCUGUUUCUCUUGUUUGUAAUAAUGAUCUUUUAGACAAUAUUAUAGUUUAUUAAAGCUGUAACAAUACUAAUACAAUAAAAUGGCUUUUAAAAGCACAUUGUUUCUUUUAGUUUCAA